AUGUUGACAGCACUUUUCGGUCCGGUCAAAGCUAUGGUCCAAGUAAUCUGUGAUGAUACAGAAGGGGCUAUAACAACCAUGGAUCAAUUUACCAGAACAAAUCCGUUCAUAUUUCCUAUUCGAGUCACUGCUGAUCUUAUAGUGGAUGGAAAAGACGAAGCCUACGAAACGUGCAAAGCCUUCGGUGGAGCUUUGGAUAAUAUGGCCAACUCGACUCCUGUCUUAGGUCACGUCAAAGGUGCUAUAACAGCCAUUGCUGGUGAUGAAAGAAAAGGAGAAGAAAUAAUGAAACAAGCCACUCGAAGUACUUUGGUCGUUGGUGCAGGCGUGGGUGGAUUUAUUGGCGGUGGUCCAGUUGGAGCGUUUGUUUUUAGUGCUGAAGUUGGAACUCUUUGGGAUGUGACACGUGCUGCUACGGGUGGACCAGCAAAUGGAGUAGCGAAACUCGUCGUAGCUAUGAGAGAUGAUGAAGAUCUUUCUCCUGGUGAAAUUUUCGACUGUGUGGCUACACCAGUCGUUGAUGGAGUCGCUGGUGUGGCUGCCGGUAAAAUGGCUGAUAGUCUCUAUAAGAAUAAUAAAAAAAAUCAAGAGCGAGCAUCUGUUCAACAAAAAAAUGCGAUCAAACAGAAACAGAUCAAUAAGUUAGAGGAAAAAAUUGCAAAACAAGGUGUGAACAAUCCAGAAACAACGGUUAAAAAUAUGUGUCAAGAUGCUGAAGAGUUGAAGGGAAAAGUUGACCAAGUCAAUACUAAAACAUCUUCUAACCGAAGACUCAAUGGUCAUACAGCAUGUUCAAUGAUCGACGAAGAGGGAAACAAAUCGACUGGCUAUAGUACUAGACUAUGCAAUGAAUUGAAAAUGGAUCGUUUCGCCCAACAGACAUCAAGAUUAUGUCAGGAACAUCCCAAUAUCUCACCAGUCCUAAAUCGAGCUUUGGAAUGUUGCGCUGAACACAUGGCUUAUGAAAAUUUACCUAAUGGCAAUCCUAUUCUUACUUAUGCAGUUCAAAUUCAUAAUGGUAUCGUUACGUGUGUUGAAAGAUGUCAGAAUUGUAUGCAGUUUCCAUUAGGUAAUGUCAUUACCGAUGCUAUUCAUCGUGAAUGGAUUCCAUCCGCUCUGGAAUUUGUUCCUGCUGCUGGAUCUUAUGUGGGAUCGACUAUCAAUGGUAUCAUUUACAUCACAUUACAGAAUGGAGGAAGACCGAUGUAUCGAAAAUCUUUUCAAUAA